AUGGAAGAAGCUGAGUGGCAUCAGGGGACUGAAAGCGAGGAAGUCUUUGACUCAGAUGAAGAAGAGAUGACAUUGGACAGCUGUUUCAUAGAGCCGAGCUGCCACCCCCAAUUGGACCGUGACGUUGAGACAGUCAGGAGCCUAUAUUCUUGUCAUUCAGUCACCAUUGGGGAGUACCAAUCAAUUGAUCAGGUUGAUGUUGAUCUGAACAUUAAUGCAAACAUUUUGGAUGGGGAGGUGGCAAAGGCCUGGGGCGUAAACCCAGCGGAGCCCAUCGUUGUCCGCCUUCACUUUUCUUUGUCUCAGUAUCUGAGUGGACCUGAACCAACAGUCGAAGUAUUUCAGCCAUCUAAUCAACAACAUUUUAAUCUUGGAAAACAACUGCAAAAUGUCUUAGCAGUCUUCAUAUCCCGAGAGUGGAACCAUUUGACAAAUGCGAACGUGACUGUGAGACCGAAGAGAAGGCACAGCUGGUUCAGGCCUGGUGGAACCAUGAAGAAAUUCCGCGCAAGACUCAGCAUCUGGCUGCCACUGCCAAAAUCCAACUCUCUCCAAGACCGGAGCCUGAGAGGAAGGAUUGUUUUGCCCGCCAUGAAAUUGAAUCAUUUCGCCAGUCACACAACAUCUUACAACAUCAAGAAUCCAUCCGGGGAACUGUUCACUUACACGCCAAGUGGAAAGAGGGUGAUGGUGUCAGGAGUCAAGUCAUCAGCUCAGCUCAGCACCAAGCAGCUGAUAGACCUAUUGUUCUUCUCUCAGGCCAUAGGGCACUGUAAGACCACCCCAACUCUGCAACACGGCUUCUUGGUGCAGGUUAUGAGAUACGCAGAACAGAGAAUACCCACGUUGAAUGAGUACUGCGUGAUUUGUGACGAGCGACACGUUCUCCAGAAUGGCCCUUUGUUAAAGCCUGCCGUUUGCACCCGCGAACUGUGUGUCUUUUCCUUUCACGCCAUGGGGACCAUGUCAGGGGCCACAGAAGAGGUCGCCACCGGUGCAGAGGUGGUUGACUUGCUGGUGACAAUGUGCAGGGCGGCUCUGCAGUCAUCUCGCAAAAGCAUCGUCUUUGAGCCUUACCCGUCUGUCGUUGAUCCACUGAAUCCCAAAAUGCUAGCCUUUAGUCCCAAGAGAAAGAGCUAUGAGAGGCUAGAAAAAGCCCUGGAUGCUGUCCUGCUGGUUAGGAAGAUGACACAGGGUUCAUAUUCUGAAAUCAAGAAGCAAAUGGACCAGAUAGAUCUUCUUGCUAUUCCUUUACUGCAAUGGAUUUUAUCCAGCAACAGAUCUCACAUUGUCAAGCUUCCAGCAAACAGGCAUCUGCCAUUUAUGCACACGCCCCACCAGUUCCUGCUCAUCAGCAGCCCUCCAACCAAAGAGGCUCGUUUUCAAACUGCACGCGAACUCUACGGAAGCACCUUUGCUUUCCAUGGUUCCCACGUUGAAAACUGGCAUUCAAUUUUAAGAAAUGGACUUGUCAAUGCCUCUAAUACAAAAUUCCAGAUGCAUGGAGCUGCAUAUGGUAAAGGGAUCUACUUAAGCCCUGUUUCAAGCAUAUCAUUCGGAUAUUCUGAUAUGGGCAAAGGACAACACCAUAUACCCACCAAAGAAGACCUCCUGAAAAAACACAAUCGAAUGAACAUAAUCCAACAAGAUCUCCCUGGCAGGUUUCUUCAAAGCAGGAAUCUAAAUUGUGUUGCACUUUGUGAGGUCAUAACAUCGAAGGACCUUAAAAAACAUGGGAACAUCUGGGUGUGUCCUGUGUCCGACCACGUGUGCACACGUUUCCUCUUUGUGUACGAAAACGGUUGUGUGGGAGAUGUCCACAUCAACACCCAGGAAGAAGAAAUUCAGAACCAAAUUUUAGAGGUCAUUGCAAACAAGCCCCGCUGA